AUGGAUGCAGCAUUAGUUGAUGCAUUUAUAAACGAAUAUAACAUGGGGUUGAAGGUGAAUGAAACUUUCAUUUCCAAGGCUUAUGAUAAUAUUGUUGAUGAACUUGCAAAGAAUUUCAACAUCAAGAUUGAAAAGAAUCAAAAUGGCAUGAUUGGAUUCACCAUAGAUCCAAUAACACAAAUAUGGAUGGCUAAACCAGAAGUAUGGAAUGAUCUCAUCAAGGCUAGCUCAACAACAGUGAAGGAGAAGAACGGUGAUGUUGAGGUGAAAAAGACCUAUAGUGUUGAUCCAAUUGGUGUGCGUGUUUUGGGCAGAGAUAAACUGGUGGUGGCGUGCCACUGGCGACUAUACCUAUACACAGUGUUUUUUAGCCACACAACAAGGAAGGGGAAGAGCAAAGUGUACACGAUGGCAUGGGAGGGGAAUGAUUGGACCAAGGUGGAGGCCAUAGCUGUAUGCCAUCUUGACACAUCUAAGUGGAACCCGAAGCACUUGGCUUUUCAAGUGCUCAUGGUGAAGCCUGGAAGCGUGCCAGCUUGCCACUUCAUGCCAGAGGACAAUAUUAUGUGGAUUGUUAGGAAAUAG